CCGUUUCCAUCGCAGAGUGGUGUGAAAUCGUGCCCCUGCUCGGUGGCUUUUGUGACAUACCUGUGAAUUGAUUGGAGUUUUGACCAGCGUUUAGUGAGGAUGAGCCACCACGGGCUGUCCGAGGUACAGACGGGGGACCGGGACGAUUGUCCGCAAGAACACAGGCUCCAGCUGUCUCUGGACGACCGCGAUCUCUGGAUCAAAUUCCAGUCCCUCACCAAUGAAAUGAUCGUCACCAAGAAUGGAAGACGCAUGUUCCCUGUUGUAAAGAUCAGUAUCACAGGACUGGACCCCACGGCCAUGUACUCUGUUCUCCUGGAGUUUGUACAAAUAGAACAACACAGGUGGAAAUAUGUCAACGGUGAAUGGGUUCCUGGAGGUAAAGCAGAAGUGGCACCUCCCAAUCCCAUCUACAUCCAUCCCGAGUCACCCAAUUUUGGGGCUCACUGGAUGAAGGAGUCUGUGUCCUUUGCCAAAGUCAAGCUUACCAACAAAACCAACGGAAAUGGCCAAAUAAUGCUGAACUCCCUGCACAAAUAUGAGCCUCGAGUCCACAUCGUGAGGGUUGGCACAGACCAGCGUCGGGUCCUAACAUACCCUUUCCCAGAGACUCAGUUCAUUGCAGUCACAGCAUACCAAAAUGAGGAGGUGACGUCUUUGAAGAUUAAGUAUAAUCCUUUUGCAAAAGCAUUUCUGGAUGCUAAAGAGAGACCAGACUCCAACCUGUACAGCAGAGACUACCUCCCUCCCCAACAGCCUCAGUACCCUCAGUACAGCAGCACCUGGCUACUGCCCCAGCCAGCUGUUUACACUAGCAGCGAACGUCUGUGUCGCAAUCAACGCAGUGCUCCUUAUCCUCCCAGGUCCAGUGGUCGACCCUCCCCUCCCACCACACAGUUUGGAGUUUACAAUACAGAGCCAGCGUGUUCGUCACCAGGACCUGUUUUUACCCCGAGUUACUCGUGGUCUAGUCAACCUUCCUUUGGUUGUGGAACAGUCAGUUGGUCUGCUCCCACCACUCCCCCUCCCAUGCAGCCUUCCCCCUCCACGUCUCCCCCCACCACCACUACCUGGCAUCCCUUCCCCUCCGAGCCUUACCCUCACUUCCAGCCUGAAUACAUUCCCCUGCAGCCUGAUUAUACUCACUUGGAGACUGUCACCGACACUGAGCGAGGGCCGGAGGUCGACAUCGAACGGUACCGUAGAGACUCCUGGAGCCAUCUGCCACCACCACCCACUCAUGCUUCCUUAUAGGAUUUGUUUUUGUUGGUAUUCUGGGCAAGUCCCAACACGUUGUUAUAUAUACUUACAAUACGUGUUACUCCAGUACGUCCCAUUAGUGUGUGAGAAAAUCAUGUUGAUU